AUGCGCGGGGAGUGUGCACGCGUGGACGAAGAUGUCUUUGGCCCCGUGGUUCAGGGCUGCCUGGAUGACUUCGACUUCACGUUGCUGUUCCAGGAGACGAUCCUAUUCGUGCUCCCCGCCUCGUGUCUGCUACUGCUGGCACUCGCAUGGCGGGCACCUGAGCUCAUUCGCGCCAAUGUCCUCGUACGCUCGUCUCUCCUAGGCCUCUUCAAGUCGAUCAUUUACCCUCUUAUUUUCAUCUCACAAGUACUCUUCCUUGCCUUGGUCUGCAAGAAUAAUUCGGCCAACACGCGAGCCACGAUCCCCGUUACCGCAAUUGGGCUGCUCGCGAUCGUCGUUAUGGGCGCCCUGUCAUACCUAGAACAUCGCAGAUCUCCUCGUCCCUCGUCACUCCUCACGUUGUAUCUCCUUGCCGCUGCGCCGUUGAAUGUGGCUCGCGCUCGUACUCUGUGGUACAUGCCGAGUUCAAAUGGCGUCGUUAUAAGUUUUACUGUUACUGUGGUCCUGAUGGUGAUCGCUCUUGGACUAGAACUAGCACCAAAGGAUGCGCUCAUGCGGGAAGAGCUCGUCGAAAAACCUUCUCCUGAAGAGAGGCGCGGCAUUGUGGAACAUCUUGAUCAACCACUGGUUUACAGUCUUGUCCAACUCCACUGGCGAGACCUGCUCAGUCCAAUCCUCCCACGCGCCUGCUUUCUAGGCUUGACCCUAGCACAAGCCUUUCUUGUCGAGACGGCCACGGCGUCCGUCUCCAAUCCUAAGGCUGCUCAACAGUCCCAGAACGCGCUGGUUGGUGCAUAUGUAUUGGUCUACCUUGGCUUGGCAGUAACAUACGCUCUUUAUCGCCAGAAUUCCGUGCGGGCUGCCGUCGCCAUGCGAGCCAGCCUAACAGAUUUUGUAUUCCAACGCCUUUCGCACCUAGACUCUGCGAUCGAGCUCGCCGGCUCAGCUACGACCUUGGUGAGUGCAGACAUUGAGCGUAUUCAGUUCGGUUUUCGCGAAGUCCACGAAAUCUGGGCCAGUCUCAUUACUACCGCGAUAUCACUGUUCUUGAUUGAGCGUUCCAUUGGUAUUGCCAUGGUUACUGCGCUUGGUAUCUCCAUUGUCUGCAUGGCGGCUGUAUUGCUUGUGUCGCUUGCCGGAAGCCAAGCUCAGAAACACUGGUUUGAAGCUACCGAGAUCCGUGUCGCUCAGGUGGUGAAGAUUCUGGCCGCGUUCAAGAGUAUAAAGAUGAUGGGCUACACGGCUGGGCUCCUUAACAGUCUCACCGCCGCAAGGGUUCACGAGGUCCAACGUUCUCAGAGGUUUCGAGCAUUCGUGAUUGUGGUAGCCACGUUGGCACAAGCCGCCACCGCACUGGUCCCGGCUUUUGGAUUCGCCACGUACGUGCUGCUGCACAACUCUGGCGACGACGAGGUCUUGAGUGCCAGUCUUGCCUUUGGGACAUUGACGCUCUUCACCAUCCUCACUUCGAGUAUAGGGCAACUGAUCGAUUCAAUAUUUGGUACGGUGACAGCCGUAGGUUGCAUUUCGCGCGUACAAGAAAUGUGCACCAAACACUACAGGUUAGACCCUCGUCAAACAAACAGGUCGGCUGAGCCUCCGCACUCGAGCGUGGCCAUGAAUCACGCCAGCGCAAAGUACGAUGAGGACGGUCAUGACGUGAUCCAGAAGGCCAGCUUCGAAGUCAAGCCCGGCAUGAUCGUUCGCGUUGUAGGCCCAAUAGCAUCGGGAAAAUCCACGCUUCUGAAAAUGAUACUUGGCGAGGUGCGUUACUGCACGGGGGAGGUAGCUGUCGGUGACAACAUUAUCGGCUAUUGCGAUCAGAACCCCUGGUUGGAUCAUGUUAGCAUCCGGGAAAACAUUACUGGUCCCGCACCUUUCCACCCCGAACGAUACGCCAACACGAUUCGCAUAUGCGCGCUGGAGCCUGACCUGGAGAGCAUCCCCGAGGGAGACGCCUGUCUUUGUUUUGGCAACGGGACCACUCUGAGCGGAGGCCAAAAGGCUCGCAUUGGCUUGGCUCGUGCCAUCUACGCAUGCCCGCGAAUCUUGGUCUUGGACGAUUGUCUGAGCGGAUUAGAUGCUAAUACGGAGCAUCUUGUGCUUGAGAAUCUCGUCGGCGCGCACGGCUUCAUUCAGGAGCAUUCCAUCACCACUUUCUUGGUCUUGAGUUCACAGAAGCCUUUGCCUAGCAGCAUCGCCACGCUUUCGCUUGGGCCUGAAGGACCCGUAAUGACUGAAAAUGCGUCGUACCAACAGCACGUCGCAUCUCCAUUGGCCCACGAUUCGAACACUGUGCGUAUAGCACGCUCCGGGGAGUUCAGUGAAGACAGCGACACAGAAGCGCGAUUCUUGAUAGAAGCGAAUGGCCAUCGCCUUGAAGGGUAUCAGGAGUCAGGGGAACUCGCUCUCUACGUCAUGUUCGUGAAGGUUGCUGGAAGAAUCGGCUUGUUGGUAUUCGUUUUCCUACUUGCCAUUUUUGUAGUGGGAAUUACCUACCCUCAAAUCUACCUGCAAACCUGGGUCACACAGACUCCGGCAGACCAGCACAGGAGUAUUGGUACCCUUACGGGCCUCUACUUGGGUUUGAGCAGUCUGGCCUUGUGCGCAUUCUCGGCAGCCUGCGUACAAUUCACACUGAGAAUUGCACCACGCAUUUCCAUCAAAUUUCACGCGUCGCUAGCCAAAGCGCUGCUUUCUGCUCCCCUUUCCUUUCUCGCCACAACCGACAGAGGCUCGAUAACCAACAGAUUCGCUCAAGACCUUGCCAUCAUAGAUCAAGAAGUUCCCUUGGCCUUUAUCGGUACAGUUCUCAUCUUCUUACAGCUGCUGGCUCAAUGCGUAACUCUCAUCAUUGGGUCCCACUAUUCGGGAAUAGCUGUCCCCUUUCUGUUGGUAGUAGUGUAUUGCAUCCAGUCUGUGUAUCUGCCGACGUCCUAUCAAUUACGGUUGCUGGAUCUUGAGGCCAAAGCCCCCAUUGUGUCACUGUUUGUUCGAUCUGUCGAAGGCCUCGCGACGAUCCGAGCUUUUGGGUGGUUGAGCCAUACACAGAUCCAGUCAAGGAGACAUAUUUUCGCAUCUCAAGUGCCGUUCUACCUCCUAGCGACCGCGCAGAAUAUGCUCAGUCUUGUCCUCGACCUCGUGACUGCGGCACUUGCGAUCAUCGUCAUCUCAAUCUCGGUCGGAACGCACGAGGCGGGCCUUGGACUGGCACUGUUCAGCAUAGUGGGAUUGGGCACCUCUACGAAACUCUUGAUUUCGCAAUGGACGGAGUUGGAAACCUCCCUCGGUGCUAUGAGGCGCAUCAAUAACUUUGCUGAAAACACCCCCUCCGAGGUCUCGUCCUAUAGAUGCACAACACCGCCCUACGACUGGCCGAGCAAAGGGACGGUAGAGUUCCGCGAUGUUUCACUGGCGUACAGUGAUACAAUGCCUCCUGCCAUAUCUAAUCUAACCCUCAAGAUCCAGCCAGGGUGGAAGGUUGGAAUCUGCGGGCGCACUGGCAGUGGGAAAAGCACAUUCAUCUCGUCUAUACUCGGUCUCGUCCACAUACAGCAGGGUAGCAUAAUUAUCGACGACAGGAACAUCUCUGUCCUCGAACCAGACUCGCUACGUUCGAGCAUAACUGUGGUCCCGCAAAAUGCCGUGUUGCUACCCGUGGACGUGCGGACGAAUCUUACUCUAGGUGCCGUAGGAGCUCCUAGCGACGAAAAGAUUAUCGCGAUCCUCGAAGAGUAUGGCCUGUACGAAAGGUUCCACGAGCGAGACGGCCUCGACACACUCGUCGUUGACGAUCUACUUUCCCACGGAGAGAAGCAGAUCUUCUGCAUCGUGCGGGCACUCCUUCAUAAGAGUCGCUUGGUUCUGCUGGACGAACCUACAAGCAGAGUCGAUAGCAGCACUCAGCAAAUUAUCGACUCUGCCGUCCUGGGAGGCUUCGAGGGCUCGACAGUACUCUAUGUGGCGCACCGUCUCGAGAUCUUAUCGCAGUUUGACCGCGUCAUGGUGAUGGACAAAGGCCAGAUCGUCGAGUUUGGUGACCCUCGCGAGUUGCUGCAGAAACCCGACUCGCUCUUCGCCAGCACGUUCAGCAAAGCAAACUCACAGAUCAGCAGCCCCAAAUCGUGCUAA